AUGCUGAUCGAAGUGUUGGCGUCGUGGGUGCCCGAUGAGGGGAAGUUCACCGUCUACGAGAGGAUCCUGGGGUCAACGGCUGAGGUGGGUCCUCUGGGGGACCCACCCAUUCGAGAGGUGGUGGGCACCAGCCUGGCUCGUCCGCUGAGGUACUGGGAUGGUCCCCUGGUCGACGAGGUAGAGGAUGCAUGGAAGACCCCGCAAUGGCCAAAGGUGGCUCAGAAGGACUGGACCUGGGAAGAGCUGCGGAUCGUGUCUCCUCCCUACUGGGUGCCAACAGAUGGACGUCCGUGGCGAAGCAAGGAUCUGCACGCCGCGAAGCUUCGAGUGGCCAAAGGCAAAGGCAAAACCAAAAUAUAG